UUGAGUAAAAAUAUCAUCAAACAACAAAAAAUAUGUGUGUGCGCUAUUUGUAGCACACUAUAUUUGUUUGUAAAAUUAUUAUGUAAAUCAAUCCUGCUGAAAUUUGCAAGUUUGCAUACUUUUGUUUCAAAUGCGCUGCAUACAUUUUUUUUCCACAUCUCGAGCGUCGCAGCACGUCGUGGUAGUCGCCUCAGGCUGCCGUCACCGCCGUUUUUUGAAGCUCGCUCGUCGCAAAUAUUUGUGAAAUCGGCGUUCUUGCAGUCAUGAAGUCCUUACUGUGCAGUAUGCUUUUCUGAACAGCAGUUUCUCGUCUAUUGCAGCAAGAAUUAGAGGUCUGUACAAGCUCUUGAAGGUGAAAUGGCUGAGCAAGAGGUCAUUAAGAAGCUGAAGGCUGGAACCUUCGAUGGGCUCUCAAAUGAUGUAAAAGCCUACAUAACCUCCACAACCAGUGACCCACAGAAGUGCGGCGAUUUUAUCAAAGCUUUGUUCUCGCAUGUCAUCAGAUCACAGAACUCUGGUGCCCUGCACAAGGUCCCAGAAGAAAUCUUGGCGGCCAUAGAACUGGGCCUGCAUGCUCUUAAGAAUAUCUUGCGACCAAGUGGCAUUACUGACCAUCUCAACGUCUUGUACCAUGUGUUUGCCUUGCUCCUAAGAGAGGAACAAUUUCUGCGGGCCUCAGCAGCAGCAGAAGUAAUGCUGUCCCUGCUGAAAACUAUGGACUGCCAGAACUCCAAAACUGCCAUAGUGAUUUCCAAUACAUAUGUGCAGCUAUGGAACACUGCACUUGAAAUUCGUCAGCAAGGAGUGCAGGCAAACCAAGCCAUUGCCUUUGAGCUGCUGCUCCAUGCGAUGCAGUUCCUUUGCCUCAAAGAUGAGGUCACUGCGGUCACUGAGAAGCACUACACUGCCGCCAAUUGGUGCGCUAUCAAAAUGAAGAGUGAACCAUGGCUGGCACGACUACGCCGGUGCAUCCUGCCUGCCGUUUCCGCACUGCUCAGGCGUACACCCACACGCCUGCGAGCCAGUGUGCCAUUUGUUGUUGACAUCCUCCUUGAACAGCACAAGAUGAGCUCCAAGCUGGGCAAGAACCUCAGCCUCGUUGCCGAAUGGAGGAAUGUUGCGGAUGAAGCCCUGUUUGCCUUAGAGGUUCCUCUCUACCACCACGUAACUGCCUUGCUUAGUCUCGUGGAUCAGGUGUCGGCCCUGAGCCUGUGUGUCACGGAUGGGAACAAUCAGAUGCCACACAUUAAGCUUCCCAAGAGCAUCCGGUGGCAGGAAUGUCAGCCUGGUAAGGAGGAGUUCAUGUGCCUUACCUCCUGCAUGCAAGUGAUUCUGGUGAGACUCCAUGCCGCAGAGCAGUUCAUUCAAGGAGCCUCAAGUCGGCAAGCAUUCGUGGCUGCGAUCACAGCAAUCCUGGGCCUCGGACCUUUCAUCAAGCAAUAUCUAAGUUGCCUCCAUUCCAUCAAGGCGAGUCCAUCAUACAUCUCGACGGCCCUGCGAGUGCUCAGAGCCUUGCUCAUCCUGCACACAUACCUCAUACAGGAGAUAAAAGACAAGGAGGAAUGUGCAAAGGCGCUCACUGUCCCAGAAAAAUUCUACCCAUCAUCAUUCCUCAAGAUGGCAGAAGCCUGUGUUGCCGAAGUUCUCGAGAUAGGAGUGCUCAGUCGAACAUUUUACGCCGUGGCAUACAACUGCUUCCAAAGCAAGGUCAGUAAAUACGCCGCCUUGUACACCAAGAUCAGCGUGGAGCUGAGUGUCCUACACAUAUCUCGCCACCCAGAGGAGAACACUGUGGAGUUUCAGAAGGACUUCUGGAAGCGCUGUGAGCUGCUCCUGUGGCAAUACAGGCAGGAGAAGCAGUAUACAGAGAUACUGCUCAUCACGGGAAAGGUGCUGAAUUUAGGCCCUGAGCUGCGUUCCCAGGCUCUGGUUCGCUGGGUCAAAAUCAGAAAGGAAAUGGGCUCUUCUGAGGAGUUCCAAGGGAGCCUUUCAAAGCAGCUGGAGGCGCAUGGUGUUCCACAAAAAAUGACUGCCGAGGACAAAUUUGGAUUUCUGAGCUUUGAGCUGAAUGUCUCUGUGAGAGAAGGGCUUCCUGCAGAUACUUGUGUAGACCUGUUCAAUGAACUGAAAGAGUUUGCGCCACAGGUCAACAGCAAACUGGCAGACAGUUACGUCCUUGUUGAGAGCACCCUGCUGCUGUCCCGCUUUCCGUACAUGGAUUUCAACCUCGAGUGUACUUUUGAUGAAAGUUUCCAUAGAGCCCUAAACAGUGUAGAAGAUCUGCUGAAGACCAAUGACAAGGAUACUGCUGACAUUGCAAAGCUUCUGAACGCUGGCUGCCUGUACUGGCUUUACAUGAACAAAAUCGACAUGCUGCGAGAGUUUGCUGCAAAGGAUGUGACAGAAGCUGCUGUUGAUCCUUUGGAGAUGAAGUGUGAUGACCCUAUUCUGAGCCAAGCACUGGCUGAGGAUAAGGACUAUUCAUGUGAUGCCACUAAAAGUUAUCGACACAUCAAUGUGGGGUAUGAACUGUCAGCCCAGAAGAACUUGGACCAGGUUCUGGAAAUGUGGUGCACGGCCUUUGCGCGGCCUUCAUCUGAAUGGAGCCUUAUGUUUCGUGAUUUGGUGGAGUGCUGGUUCUUUGAGCACGUCAAGGUGGUUUGCGAGGUGUAUGCUUCGUCGUUCAGGUUCUUGGAAGAGGUCAAGGCUGCAACCCUGUGGUACACCGUGGCCAUGGACAGAAGCAUGAACCAGGGGACUGUGCUUGCUGCCUCUUACCUCAUCAAUGCUCUGAUCAAGGUGGGCCUGGUGGAUGCAGCUGCUGAUGUGGCUCGGCAGACUGAGGCAACGGCCGGUCAGCUGGACGAGGGUCUUCCGCGGUUGCGGUUUGUGUUGGCGAAGGCGCACCUGCUCUACAACCAAGAGAAGUUCACUGAAGGCUUUCAGCUACUGGAUCAGUUGCUCAAGCACCCGCUGCUCCAGAAGAACAACAAGUCUGCCCUGCUGUUCAUGGCGGAGGUAAAGCUUCUCGUCUGCAAGUACUCGCUCCUGCCUGCCACAAUAAGCAAGCCGUUCCACACCAAUGGGUUCCUCGAGUGCGACACUCCUGUCAUCCUUGCCCAAGAAGCCUUGAGGAUAUCCCAGGGUGUCCUGCACCACUUCAGGGAAAAUGUCGAUGGGGAGCCAUGCGACCUCCUUACAAUGUGGACACUGGAACGAAUGUUGCUGGAUUCUGCAGCCCUUCUGGGACAGCUCUACACUAGCAUCGGAGCAGCUAAGGAGGCCUACGCUUUCCUCAAGGAAUAUCUUCGUAGAGCCCAAGUAAUGGUGUCGGCAACAAGAUGUGCAAGGCUUGUUUUGCUCAUUGCAAACUUGGAUCUGCUGUGCGAGAAGCUGCAUGAUGUGAAACACAAGCUCUCCCGUGUAGAAUUCAUGUUGCACCUAAAGAACUUCAGCUGCCCGAGUAAGCUCCAAGGGGAAGAAGCUGUCACUGUGGCAAACACAGACAUGACCGAUAGCAUAGACAUCGGUGAAAAAACCUAUGACAAGUACCCAUGCCCCCCGCGUAGCCACUCGCUGGCCGUAGUGCUCUUCCUCAAACAGGAGACAGUGCCGCAGUCUCCGCCUUCAGUCCCCAGCCUGGACAAGAUUCACAACACAAACUGCAGCUGCCAGCUGUGCGAGUUUUAUGCAACUAGGCAGUUGUGGAUCGAGCGUGACCUCCUCAAGUGCUUGCUGUACAUCACAGUUGGAGAUGUCACUGCGGCUAUCGGCGGUUUAGAGAUGCUGCUUGACCUUGUGGGCUCGUUACAGCAGAAGUUGGCGAAGGAAGUGGCCUCUGCGGCAUCCUUCCUUAAGCGCCACCUUUCAAAGGCCCUUAUCUGCGGCCAGAACAGGACCGUAGGAGCCUGGGGUGAGCUCCUGACCCUGCAGACCACAAUUCUCCUGCACCUAUCGGAGGCUUACCUCCAAAGGAAAAGCUACCUGACAUCGCUUGAGAAAGCGGACGAGGGCCUCAAGCUUGUCUCGCUGAAUGGCUGUGGCAAUAGGAGCCAUUGGAAGGUGUUUGCCAGCCUGGCACAUCAAAAAGUUAAAGUUCUGGUCACCAUGUCUCGCAAGAGCAAGGACUCUUCUGGUGACCUCAAGGGCAGCUCUCUGUGGAUUGCCAAUACCAAUGAGCACGCUGCUGCGACUACCACCAUUGGCAUGGAUGCUGUGUCACCUCCAAGAGGUUCCGAGAGGCAUACAGUGCCACUCAAGGUCCCAAACGCUCCAAAAUUGCGUCGAGACACACCCAUGGACAUGUAUUUGAAAAGCUUGAGCCGAGCUGAGGCAUCAAGCACUGCAAAGAAAGGGAAGGGGAAGGCAGAGAAAGCUGCAUUUGUCGUUUUUGAUGAGACUGUAGAGGACAGUGUUGGUGGAGAGAAGCACAGUGUUGCUAGGGCUAGCAGGAAAGUGGGUGUCCGAACAAGGGCAGCUGCGGCUGCUGGGGAUGCGAGUGAUGACCUCGACGACAAGCCAGAAGUAUCACGUAUGCCGAAGAAGCAGGUUCGGGCCCAGCGUAAAGCUGCGAAGACUGACCUGGUGUCAACGAACACCGGCAGAGAUGCAGGAACGAGACCCAGCGGUGAAAGUGCUAGCGAACAGGCACCGACAAACAGCACACAAGGUGCAUCUACUGCCUUGCUUAACGCAAUAGAUGAAGAGGAGGAGGCAGUUGCCUCAAUUGCACGGUUUUCACUGCAAGAGAGAGAGCCGAGAUUGAUAGAGGAUGUCCCCUACAUGGAACACGAGAUAGUGUUCACCGAAGAGCAGCUGGCAUCUUGCAAGCCUCAAGCACUUGACGAGAUGAUAGCAUUGCUUGACAAAGCCUUCGAGCUGAUCAUCCAUUUUCCACCAUGCCCGCUAUAUGCCGAGAUGAGCAGGACAAUGGUGCACCUUCUGGACCUUCAGGAAAGGCACACCAAGGACCACAAGACCGCAUCUUUGUGGUAUGUUAGCCAGACGUCCUCAGUCACUCUGCAGCACGUUGGACUCACUUUCCUCUACAAGAAACUUAAGAAGCAGAGAGCCACAUCAGUAUGCGAUGCAGUGCAAGACUUCGAGUUCAGCAAGGAGGACACCAUCAAGGCACAAGCUCUCAAUUUCAGAUUACUAUCCGCACUCAAGACUGCGCAGCUCACUGAACUCUAUGAGCUUCUGCCAGCUGACUGGACCGUGGUGCAAGUGACGGCAGCAGAGUCUGCUGCAAAAGGCCCUGGCGGUGUCACCCUGACACCCGAUUUGUUCAUCUGCCAGUGUCGAAAGGGAAAGGCUCCAAUCAUGGUCAAGCUCAGUGGCUCUUCAGAUCAGCAGUUCCACACUGUCCUGUUCAAGGAAUUCAAGAAAAUCUUGGAUGAAAGCAGAGCCACCAUGAAAAUGACAGAGCCACCUGUGUUUUGGUCUGUGCGACGUGCCUUGGACAAGCGAAUGAAGGACGUGCUGGAGAGCAUGGAGAAUGUUUGGAUGGGCUGCUGGAAAGGAAUCUUUCAUGGCAAAAUUGUUGAUGCUGGCACGUACAAGGACCUGAGGGACUCCGUAGUCCAGGUGGUUUCCAAGGCGACCAAGCACAAGUUGGAGUGCUCCAACAGCCGGCUGCUUGAAGCUGUCAUUGACUCAGCCGCAGACCUGACCGAGUACCAGCUGUCCGUCGCAGUGUGCCAGCUGUUUGGCAUCCGCAGCUCACAUGCUGCCCACAACGUCAUCUGCAACCUUAUCAAGUCCAAAGCGAGCCCAGACACUCCUCGGCACCCAGUUAUACUCAUCUUGGACAAGGCUGUGCAAGCACUGCCCUGGGAGAGUACUCCAAUCCUGCUGAAGAACUCUGUGAGCAGGGUGCCGUCCCUAAACUACUUACGCGCCCAGCUCCUGCAGUACCACUACAUGGCUGAGAACGUUUACAUGCAGCACGUGGACACCAGCAAGACCUACUUCAUUCUGAACCCCACGAAUGACAUACCAAGGACGCAGGCCCAGUUCGAGAGCAUCUUUACUGGCUUGGGCUGGCAGGGAGUGACAGGCAAGCCUCCUGAUAAGGAAGAAUUCCAAGCAGCCAUCAUUGGCAAGGAUCUCAUUGUCUACUGUGGCCAUGGCUCAGGGCGCGAGUACCUCGUGAAUGACAUCAUAGAGCAGAUGCACUGUCAUGCCUGCCCCAUCUUGAUGGGCUGCGGCAGUGGUCGUCUCAAGGUGUUUGGACCACAGAUCGAGCCCUUCGGAGUGGUCCUCCAGUACUGGAUAGGAGGCAGCCCCUCCGUGGUGGCCAACCUCUGGGACGUCACUGACAAAGACAUAGACAGAUUCACGGAGACUUUUCUCAGGCACUGGGUUCCGAAGAUGGGCUCCGACACCCACAUCUCGGACAUCACCACAGCCGUCCAGCUCAGCAGGAGCAGCUGCAAGCUGCAGUACCUCGUUGGCGCUGCUCCUGUUGUUUAUGGACUGCCUGUACAGAGCAAGGACGUUCAGUGAUACCUGUUCCUUUGAAAAGUUUGUUGUGUGUGUGUGUACAGGUGUAGAAGAAUGCAUGUUCUUUGUGUAAAUACCACAGUUCCUUUCUUUAAACUGUUAAGGACCCAGGAAGUACCACGACAGUGGGAAUUCUGUUUAUCAUUGCUCUAUCAACCUCUUGCUCUUGUGAGAGUCGGCACAAUGGAUGCAAUGCCUCAGCUAGCAUACAAUCCAGUUGAUAGCCAUUUCCAUACUUUUUCCCCCAUGAAAGGAGUGGAAAGACAUGUUCACAAAUAAAAUCAUACAGAUACUACACACUGCGAUUGUAGUGGUAUUACUUUGCUGGAUGUCAACUAUCAAGUGAACGACACUAGCCCAAUGUUUAUGCGUUUAUUUUUAGGUGUGAAGAUAAAGGAUUUGUGAAAUACCGAAAGUCUGCUUCAUACAAAUCUUCUUGCACCUGGAAUGCAGCCAACAAUGCUGUGGCCUCGACACCAUCAUGGCUAACACAGUUAUGUAUGCAGGAAAGCCUACUUGUGGUAUUUCACAUAGUGCAUAUUGUAUUUGAGUGAACACUUCUAUCUAAUAAUCUUGCAUUCAAAACUGUUUUUUUUUCUCGGGGGGGGGGAUUAUUCUAGGUAUGGUUUUUAGGCUAGCCAAACGUUGACAUUUUACAUGCAGUUCAGAAAUUGUUUAACAUUUCAGAAAAUGUUCAAAAUGUUCCAUAGGUGAUACAUUUUUCUAGGCUUAAUUUAUUUACAUCGCAAUUAUAAUUUUCGUAUAUCCCUAGAGCUGAAGCGCUUCCUCAUUUUUUUUUUUUUUUCAGUAACUUGAAAACUUUGGUUCUUCCUUUUGUUAUAGAGAACACAUAUUUACAUAAUGUGUGUAUUGAAUGCUCUGCCAUUUCUAAUGUGCUAAAUUUGCCACAGGACGGUAAGUUUCAUUGGUCAAAAUAGAUUAUUCCAAGCUGCACAAGCUCCAAAGAAUCGAAAAAGCUGCUGUGAUGUUUAUUCAGUUAUCAUAGAACAUGGUUCUCUCGCUUCCGAAUCGUACAUGAAAUGUGUGGCACUAUCAAGCAUCCAUUCAUAACAAGCAGCCAUUGAACAAAAAGUACCAAGCCUGGUUACCUUAAAUUUUUAGCUCUGGCAAGUUUUAUUGUACUUACAUGCAUAUAAAAACAUGGAAGUUCAUUUUUAAA